UUACAAUAAAAUUCGACAAUUCAUCAUGCUUAUGUUCGUUAUACGUACGAAAAGACGUGAAUUAUAAAACCGUCUAGCGACGCCGAUCAAUAAGGAUUACUAAGGGUAUGAUUCGUAGUCCUAUGUACUUUUUAUUGUAAAGGGCGGUGGCUAAGUGAAUAGUGGAUCAAGAGAUGAACACUCAAUGAGAUUUAUGUUAUCAAUAAACAACUAGUGAUGUGAGAGAAAUCUCCUAUCUUAGCAAAUAAUGAAGAACAUAAAUACAUGAACCUGCAAGUUUUUUCCGAGUAUAUUUUGUGAUGCAUCUGUCGGCGGAAUCGGUGGACGAUGAUCUUGAAUUGCCAUGGGACAAAACGUAUUGAGGAUCUUGCUGCUCCUCUGCUGCAUGCUGCAACCGCAUGUCGGACAACUGACUCGAGACCACAGAGACACGCGAUGCUUUCUGGAGAACGGAGCCACCGCGGCGCAUCUCUUUGUCAGAGAGGAUCUGCCCGUCGGCGAUACUGUGGGAAUUCUCGGAGUGCUAGGUGAUCCUGGCUCGCAAGGAGAUAUCGAGCUGAGCUUGCAAGAACAUGACAGCCCUGUCGCAUUCUCGCCAUAUUCGAAGAAUUUAACUCUCAUCAGACCACUCGACAAAGAGGGUAUUGAGGGCCCAGCCAGUGUUUAUAUCAACGUUAUCUGCGGGAAGAAACCUAUCGCAGAAUCGGAAUUCAUCAUACCAGUGAACAUUCGGGUAACCGAUGCGAAUGAUAACACACCGCAAUUUGUGAAUGCGCCUUACGUGCUGAAUAUUUCUGAGGUUACUGUUGUUGGCACAAGAGUUCUGCAAGGAGUUCGAGCUGUCGAUGCUGAUCAACCAGGACCAUUUUCUACUGUGCAGUAUACAGUCCUACCAGGAGCUCACUCGGAUUACUUUGUCUUCGUAAAUGCUUUGGAAGGCACUCUUGUACUAAGAAAAUCACUAGAUUACGAAACUCUCACCAACUUUUCCGUUGAUAUUCGUGCACAAGAUCAAGGUAAUCCACCACGAUCAUCAACGACAACACUAUACGUUAACGUUAUUGAUGCGGAUGAUCAGAAUCCGGCUUUCUUGAACGAUCAGUAUAAGAUUACCGUACCUCGUCAUAUAAAAGGGAGAAAACCAUUAAGAGUAGUACCUGCUGCGAUAAAAGCUGUGGAUCAAGACGUCGGUAUAAAUGCACCGGUUCGGUAUACUAUACGAGGCGGAAUUUUACCCUUUUUGGAUUUGAAUCCUGAGACUGCUGAAAUCGUCAUGAUACGCUCACUGCAGGACAACGAAUUAAUGACUCCAGCAACUAUUGUUAUUAAGGUAGAAAUAUCAACACAUUUUUAUUUUUAACAGAUUUAAAAUUUUUUAAAUAUAAUAAUAAUAAUAUUAUUUAUAAAAUAUAGAUGUAACACCGAAAGAGAUGAUAUCAGGAGACAUUGCCGCGGUCGAUUACCCGUGAAAUUUGUGCUGAAAAAUCAGCAAACGAGCGUACCAGAGAAUACGCCUUCUGGAAGCGUUCUUCUAACGGCAGGAGUCAACAAAGCUGAUUCUAAUUUAAAAUUCUGGCUCGUGGGCCCAGUGGAGGAUUUAGAGAGAUUCUCGAUUACUAACUCUGGCGAGUUAAUUCUCAAAGGGAAUUUAGAUUACGAGCGGCGGUUUCAGCACAGCUUCUUGAUUCAUGUCACAGAUGGAUAUCAUAAUGAUACAUCACAUGUGAAUGUUUCGGUCGAAGAUGUAAACGAAUGGGAACCUCGAUUCCAAUAUUCCCGAUACGAAUUUCAUGCUCAUUCCGCGAGAGAAGGUUCCGUUGUAGGAAAAUUAGAAGCAGCUGACGGCGACAGGGGAGAUAAAGUCAACUUAUCUCUUAGAGGACAAGAUGCAAGAUCCUUCGAGAUUAGAGAUAACGGAGAAUUAGUGCUGAGAUCGUUGGGUUCAUUUAAUGGAUCUUUGGCACGAUUUAUAGCGGUAGCUACCGAUUCCGGAAAACCGCCAAGAUCCAGCAUGAUUCCGGUGAUUGUUCACAUACCUAACAGCGGUUCAUUACCGAUCGCUGCGAGAGCCGCACCCGCUUGGCUCGGUAGCAGCGUGUUAUUAGUUGCAAUCUUCGGCGCAGUUUUGGGUCUUCUUGGAGUUGUCAUACUUAUUCUCAUCCUUUACAUUUAUAAGCACAAAAGGCCAAAAAGUGGUGGUUCAGUCAGCUCUGUGAGUACUGGAUAUCGUGAGAAAUCACCAGUUCCCUCGGCUCUAAGUCCUACUCCGCAAGUUCUAGGCGCUAACGUUCUUCAGGACGGCUUGGAAGGCCCACGGAAUCGGCGUCACGAUAUUGAGGACGAGAAUGAUAACGUCGACAGCCGUAACGAAAUCGAUAAUCCCGUCUUCGGAGAAACCAAUGAAAGCUCGUAUAGUACUACAAUCAAAAGUAUAGCCUCGGCGAGACAAUUACCAUUAUACACCCGACAUAAAGUGGCGCCCGCUCCAAAUCCGCCAACUUUAUCAGCAACUUCGACCAUUCCCAAUAUCGGUGGACUCGUGCAGAAUAUGAAUGAUUUGAGUGCUAGAACCAAUCUGGAUGCUGGAUCUCACGACUCUUCCAAUUAUUCCGGAGAUCCUCCAGAUUCUCUCGUGCCAGCGUGGCCUGCUAGUUCAGCUUUGCCGAGGAUCAAAAAGUUAUCCUGGGACGACGAUGACAGAACUGUGGAUAGCGUCGAGGUCGCGGCGGAAACGCGAACCGGAGACAAUCAAGUUGGCAACGAGAGACUCAAUCUCACUGUGUACUUCUAACGAUCCAUUAUUUUGUAAAUGGAACAAAUAACGACGGGAAGACUGUUGUAAGCGCUGUUUGGUCAGUUCAGUUAAAUAAAGUCUCGUUAAUAUCGAAACUCUUUGAAUGAACUUCGAAGCAUCGCAACGCGAUGCAACCUUACCGCGUUCGGUUCACAGAAUAUCUGUGCUAUCUGCGCAACAUAGCGUCAUUAUAUAAUUACAAUUCGCAUUAUCCUGAAUAGAUUACGUCCAUUAUUUGCGUGAUGCGACAUCGAUCUCUGAUAUUUUAUAAAGUAAUUACUAAAAAUAGUUAGAAAUUGAACA